AGACUGACCGCGUUAUCAAAAGAAGGAAGCGCUGGCAGUUGCAGAAACCAGAUGACCACUUUCUAAAUGGACACACCUUCAACAUUGAACUGCCACCAUAAACAGUGCUUUACUAAAGUUUGGUGCACAAAAAAUGAAAAUACACCCGAAAGAAACAAUUGUGCCCUUGAUUGUAAGAGGUGUCUGAAACGCCAGAAUAAAUUCUUUAUUGCAAAUUAUGCAGAACAUAGUACAGCCAUUUUUCUCCAUUCGCAACUGCCUUGGGGGUUUCCUUUUGCUCAAAGAUAACGUGAUUAUAAUAGUGAAAUGCUGUUUAAAGCUGCUCUUGACCAAAAUCACUCCAAGACAAGAAAAUCAAAACAUUGUGGACUUACACCUGUACAUGCUCAUUCGUCAUCACACGUUUUGAUAAAUACAUGUGAAAACACAUACUGAUUGUUAUCGGGAAGAGUAUAAUGAACAAGGCAAUAACUAGCAGAUCUUCCUGUUUCAUGUUCUUGUGCAUUAACUUUCAAGCAUAUAAGAUGGGUGAAUCAUGUCCAGACUGCAAAUGAAAUUAUUCUGCGAAAUUGACGAAUUUAGCAAAAGUAAGGAAAAUGAAAACGAAUAAAGUGUGUUUUUGUUUUUAACUACAAAGUGUAUACUGACAAGAAGGAAAUAUACACUGAAGGAAACCGAGUCAGAAUAUGUUGAACAGGCCUCCAUAUAAGCAGCGGGAAAUUAACAGUCAUUUACAGUUGGAAGAGGUCGGAUUUCGUAUAAGGGAGUCUCAGUCAGUAUCCUACAUUUGACACUCAAGACGACACAUCGGAUAACAUGGACGUGGACGUGACAGUAACGUUGAUGCUAUGUCUGGCUGUCACAGCCGCAGCUUGUCACGAUCUACACGAGCAGCCAGUCAUCGUAAGGCCAUCCAAGGAGCGUACUGUGGUGAUUGCCCCGGGGACCCAUAUAGACUUGACAUGUGUUGCCAGAGGAGCCCUGAACCUAACGAUCAAAUGGACGUUCAACGGUUCUCCAGUUCACCGGUCUGAAUAUAGAGUUGAUCACCCCAAUGCCAACAUCAGCAUUAUCUAUGUUGGAGAAGAGGGACAAUAUCGGUGUGUGGCAGAGAUGGAUGGCCACACGACAGCAUCACCUGCCAUUACACUCAAGUUUAUAGGUGGCAACCAGAGUUGGACAUAUGUGGCAGGGGGGUGCACGGCUGCCUUGUUGCUGAUUGUGCUGGUUAUUGCAUGGAGAAGAGGUCUAUUCACAAGACUCGUGGAGAACUACAUCACGCCUAUAUUGGAUCACAAUAGGAGAGAUGUUGAUCACAACCGCCGUCAAAACACCUGUGAUGAAGACGGCUAUGAAAUCGUCCCGGAUGUGCAGAACACGUGUAGUCACGACAAGUCUGAAGUAUCAGUCAGUAUAAAUGAUGAGGGCGAAAGUGACGAAGAUAAUGCUGCCGCCGCUGCAUCUGAUUCGGGGUAUGAACAACUUGAACCAGGCAAGAAUAGGGAAGAUUAUACCCACAUCCUGCGCAGCCUUAAUUAUAAUUUCCUGACUAUUUCUGAGGUGCCACGCUACCAAGGAAAAGACACCUCUUCCCUUUGCCAGCCUGAUGGCAGUAUGUAUGCUACUCAUACGAAAACGUUGAGAUUGAGUCUAAGCGAGCUUCUUGGCUUGUGGAGGUUCAACACAAUUGAUGAAAUGGGGGAGGUUGUGGUCACCGUCAACGACAAAGACAUCCUUCAGAUUGUAAGUAAGCUGCUGAGGAAACAAGACAUGAAGCUGCAGUACCCACCUACCGUGGAAUUCCAGAGCAAGAAACUUACAAACGAGUUCGCAGAAGAUGGAACUGUUAAGAGUUUUUUCAUGAAACUGAUGCAAGCUCUGAAAACAGAGAUACUGGAAGGUGAUGAGCCUCACUUGGGAUUCCGAAAGAACGAGACAUUUUUAAAAUCAGGACGCUAUCGAGAAGCAGGGAAGAUGGUAGCAUGGUCUAUUCUUCAUAGCGGUGUCGGAUUCCCCUACCUUACCAUCAGCAUGUAUGACUUCCUUGUGGAGAGAGAUAUCAAGUAUAUACGUUUAGAGGACAUCCACAACCCUCCUAUACGUAUUGCUUUAGAAAGGAUUAUGAGCUGCUCCACCACAACAGAGCUGAGAGGUGUACGUGACAAGGAAACCAUCACAUUGAUCAAAGGCGAAGGAAGAUCCCUUAACUGCCUGGUAAUAGAAGAGAAGGAUGACCUGGUACGACAUAUGUGGAGGUCAUAUAUGUUCGAUAGGGUACAUAUGGAAAUAGAACAGUUCAAGUCAGGAUUGGCGGAUCUUGGUUUGUUGGCUCACAUGGCCGAGUCUCCAGACGCUCUGGAGUCGCUGUUUGUUCACAAAUCUGCCCACCAUUCCGGCCCACUCACAAGCAGACAACUGAAGACCAUGUACCAAGCUGUGCUGUCACCCAUAGGAACACAGGACAGAGAGGAAGAAAACGACACUUUGGUCGCAUUCGAAGAGUUUUUGAAGAAAUGCCAAGGAAAUGCCUCUGAAGUGAAACUAGGUGACAUCUUGCGGUUCUGGACUGGAUCCGAUGCGGUGCCUUCACAGGGUUACAAGCAGGACUUGACUAUUAAAUUUGUCCCCAAAUGCUGCUUCCCUCCCUCGCCUGUAGCCAACACCUCUACUUUAGUUCUGGAACUGAUGCGUGGAUACAGUCUUGAUCAGUUAACAGCCAAUAUGUCAAAUGCUGUUUUACAUAGCCAUGUUCCUGGGAAUGCGUUUUUUAAACUCCCUGUGGUAUGAUCUGUCCAUAUCAGUAUCUGUGUACAAUAAAAGGCGGAAUCGAAUGGUCAGGUGAUGAUAGGUAAAGGCCGGUUCUGCCCCACCUGAACGAUGGAGCCAAGCUAAUUAUAGAAACACGUCAUGACAUGGUGUGGCGCAAUACACCAGGCUAUUUUUAGAAAAUGGAGUUCCCCAAGUUUAAAGAUAGCGAGAGCUGGCUUGUGACUAUGAUGGAGGGAGACGACUUGUAAUCCAGCAUGUAUUCAUAAUUAAUUGUUUAAUGACCAUAGUCAAGCACGGAGACAAGGCUUGUUUGUAAAGCAGAUUAAGGAUACAGUCUGGGUGGUAGUGAGAUUGUCAUAGACCGAACGUGAUUGUAUGUAUGUAAACUGGAAAACUCCCUCGCAAGGUGUUGGAAGCAGUACUUAACAUCUUAAAAGAGAUAUUGUAUGGACUGUUAUAUUUCACUGUACAAUAAAUGGGAAAGUCUAUAAAUAGGUCAUCUUUUCAUCCCAAGUAUAUAUUAAGUGGAAUGCAACGGUGAGAGGAAUUAGCUCACACAUAUAGCGAGACGAGGUAGAGUCACCUGUGUAAACAAACCGUUAUAGGUCUUACACAACAGCACUGCUUGUACAGUGAGAGCGAAACUUGGUCACACAGUCGGCCAGUCGUAGCCUGUGUAAACCGAUCGCUUCUGAAUGAGACAUG